UUUUUCAGGGGUCAUCAUCAUUUAUCAACAUAUAUAAAAGUAAUGAAAAACAAAUAAAAAGCCAACUUGACUAGUUUAAAUAAACGACCUUUUUUUUCAUUAGUUAGGUACUUUUUUUUUCAUGUUAUAUAAUCUACAUUUUAAUGAACUUUUCGAAAUCGCAAGACUUUUUGUAGUUCAUAACAUUAUUUCACAUUUUGUGUAGAUAUAAAGAAUAAUAAGGUAGAUUAUAUUAUACUAUAUACUAUCGUAGUUUCACAUAAUUUGUUAAUUUAAUGGGGGUGAGUGCAUCGGCUCCGAUUUCGGUUAUUCCUGAUGGUCUUGGAAGCGUGAUUUAUGAUCAAGAUGGUAUGAAAAAUAAUGAUCAACAGAUCAAAUCUGGAUUUUCUAUUCAUUCUCAACGUGGGUGUAAGCCUGUUAAUCAAGAUUGUGCUGUUCUAUGUCAGGGCUAUGGAUCAGAAGAUGGUGUACUUUGUGGAGUAUUUGAUGGUCAUGGGAAGAACGGCCAUCUAGCAAGCAAGAUCAUCAGUCGUCGCUUGCCUUUGCUAUUACUUGACAAAAAGAAUGCAGUUGCGGAGGUGAAUGAGAACUACUCCGAAAGCCAUUCAAGUAACUACAGUGGCUCAUCGCCGAACAAUGAACUCCUAGAGUGGGAGGAGGCAUACAUGAAUGCAUUUCCGGAGAUGGAUGAACAGAUAAAAAUGGUGAAAAAAGUGGAUUUUUCUUUCAGUGGUAGUACUGCUGUUGUAGCUCUCAAACAGGCUGAUGAUCUUUUGAUUGCAAACCUUGGAGAUUCAAGGGCUAUACUAGGAACAAAAUCAGAAGUUGGAAUUACAACUGUUCAAUUAACCAUUGAUUUAAAGCCUGGCACACCUGAUGAAGCUGAUAGAAUUAGAAGCUCCAACGGUAGGGUGUUCGCCUUAAAGGAUGAACCGGGUGCUCCCCGAGCAUGGUUGCCUCGAGUUUACACUCCAGGGAUUGCUAUGUCUCGUUGCUUUGGAGACUUUGUUAUGAAAAACUAUGGCAUAAUCAGUACACCAGUUAUAACUUAUCAUCAGAUAACUUCUGACGACGUCUUUAUCUUGCUUGCUACUGAUGGUAUAUGGGAUGUGCUUAGCAAUGAGGAGGUAACAUCAAUAGUAUGCAGCGUAGAGAAUGAGGAAAUGGCUGCAAAAGCAGUUGUAGAUGCGGCUGUUGCAGCAUGGAAGACCAAGAUUGCGUAUAACAGGUGCGACGAUUGCACUGCUGUUUGCUACUUCUUACAGAAAAAGGACUAGAACACAGUGUGCACAAACCAAAUUUUGAAAGAUGAGGUUCUCUUUUUCUUAUCAUUGUUGAAAAAAAAUUUAUGGUAUCUUGCUACUUCACUUGGUUACUUGACUGGAGGAACAUUUUACUUAAGACCAAUGAUUUGUAACAUAAUUUGUGGACAUCAGUAAACCCUGCUGAUAAGAUCGAAUAGGUGAUUUAGGCUCGAAAUUGAGGACUCAAUGGACCGAUUUUUCGCUUAUUGGUGAUUUGAGUUGUGGAAGGUUUCUUUGAAUGAGGGAAAAUUUUAGAGAUAUUCAAGGCUUCUUAUAUGCUCCCUCUACUUAAAUUUCGCCUCGGAUUGGAUAGAUCUUGUCUCAGAUCAUCUGUUCUCUUCUGUCAAAUGGGUUGGUACUGUGAAUGUGCAUUGUGCAAAUGAAUUGUAAAGUAUUAUGGGAAAGUAUAGCAAUUUGUGAUGGAUGACAUACUAGAACUUCCUUGCUAUCUUUAUUUUUUUAUUUUUUUUGACAUUUUAUGUUGUAUACAUUUUAUACAUAUGUGAUUAUGUGAUAUGAGCAUUAAUGUAGUGAUCGGCUUAAUUUCUUCA